AUGAGUGAAGACGAACAAGAAUUUGCUAAAUUAGAACAAACUUUACCAGACUCAAUCAAGAGUUCAUCAUCACAUAUUUUCAAUCAAGAAUUUUUAAAUUCAAUUAAUCAUACUCCAUCAUUAACUCCACAAAGUUCAAUACCGCCAGAAUCACCAAAAUUGCCAAAGAAAACUCCAUUAAGUAAUUUUAAAGAUGAAUUAUAUAAAAAUGGUGAUGUCGAAAGAACCCAUUCACCAAUUCCAACACCAGGUCCUUUACUUCAUCCUGAUGUUCAUUUCCCAGCUUUGAAUAAGCAAAAUGCAGCUACUGGUGUUAUUUGGUGUACUGAUCGUGCAAAUGAACGUGGUUUCCCAAAUCCAAAUUGGGUCAAUUUAGGUCAAGGUAUGCCAGAAACAGGUGAUAUUCCAGGAUGUUUUGAUAGGCCAAAAUCAAUGAAUAUUUCAAUUGAAUCUCGUGAAUAUGGUCCAACAUCUGGUAUUAAACCUUUAAGACAAGCUAUUGCAAAUUUAUAUAAUGAACAUUAUAGACAAGGUAAAGAAUCAAAAUAUACUUGGGAAAAUGUCAAUGUUGCACCAGGUGGCAGAGCUGCUUUAACAAGAAUUGCUGCUGUUUUAGGGGAUGCUUUCUUAUCAUUCUUUUUACCAGAUUAUACUGCUUAUGCUGAAAUGUUAUCAUUAUUCAAAAAUUUUGCUCCAAUUCCUGUACCUUUAUAUGAAACUGAUGGUUAUAAAAUUGAUUUGAAAAUUAUUAAAGGUGAAUUAAAUAGAGGUGUUUCAGCAAUUUUAACUUCAAAUCCAAGAAAUCCAACAGGUCAAUCCAUAGGGAAAGAUGAAUUAAAAGAAUUACAUGAUUUGUGUAGAAGUAAAUGUUUAUUAAUCAUGGAUGAAUUUUAUUCAAGAUAUUAUUAUGAUGGUGAAGAAGGUGAAGCUAUAAGUUCUGCAAGUGAAGUUGAAGAUGUUAAUAAAGAUCCUGUAUUGAUUAUUGAUGGUUUAACCAAAUUUUUCAGAUUACCAGGAUGGAGAGUUUCAUGGAUUGUUGGACCAAAAGAAUAUAUCAAUGCUUUAAGUUCUGCUGGUUCUUAUCUUGAUGGUGGUACUAAUUAUCCAUUUCAAGAAGCUGCUAUUCCAUUUUUAGAUCCAACUUUAGUUCAUAAUGAAACAAUUGCAUUACAAAGACAUUUUAAACACAAGAGAGAUUACUGUUUAGAUAGAUUGAUUAAAAUGGGAUUUCACUUUAAUAUCAAACCAAAUUCAACUUUCUAUAUAUGGGUUGAUUUAAGUCAUUUACCAGGGAAAUUAUCAAAUUGUUUAGGAUUUUUCCAUGAAGCUUUACAUGAAGAUGUUAUUGUGGUUCCUGGUAUUUUCUUUGAUUUGAAUCCAUUAUCUUUCAGAGAAUUAAGUGAUAGUGAGAUGUAUUCAUAUAUUAGAAUUUCUUAUGGUCCAGAACUUGAGAAUUUAGUUAAAGGUAUGGAUAGAAUUGAGUCUAUUUUACGCCGUUUUGGUGCCCUACCUGAAAACUAUGAUAAAUAA